AUGGGGGCGUGCCCCGGACAGCCGUGCUUUGGCGCUCAAUUAAAACGGAACCAAAGUCAAAAGUCACCGAGCGACAUGGGAAACGCACGGAGUCCAAGUUCUAGCUGCGAUGGAUUAACACAUCUCCCGGGGCAACAUCUUCUCUCCGGGCGACAACAACCCUCAUGGCAAGGUCUUUUGCUCGGAGGCUGGCCUGUCAUAUAA